AUGGAGUCCUGUUCGCAAGGACAAUUUGAUGAUAAUGAAUCUUUCGAGAUUUUUACGGGUGAGAAUUUAGAUUUAAUGCCAUUAUUAUCAGGCUAUACAGUUAAUUACAGGUUCAGGUUUAUAACUUAUAAUGUCGAUGAACCAAUGCUUAAAGAUUUCAAGUCUUC